GUGCAUUUUCGUUAAAACAAAUGUGUAUUUUUGCCUUUAUGCAAUAAAAGUAAAAAGGUCCUGAUUUUACCUGAUCGGGAUCUUGUGUAUUUUUGCUUAUAUGCAAUAAAAGUAACAUUUGUUUUCACAAAAAUCCCCUGGAGUGCACCCUCCGUAUUUGGAUUUUAUAUAUAUAUGUGUGUAAUAUAUAUAUAUAUAUAUAGUAACACACCACCUCUUUUCCAGGUAGGAUUUUGUCACAGAUCUUGUAACCACAGCCUUCUUGGGUAAUGAAAGUCCAGGACACAUCCAGCUCAGUUUUUCAGAUUUAUUCGGUGAGAUAUAUAUACAGGUGUUUUCAAAAAUGAAAGAUAAACAAAACAAAAUUCCUUGCUCUUGCUUGAGCACUUACUAUACACAGCAAAUCCCUGUCUGGAAUUGGGUGGCUUUCCCACUUGCCAAUUUACAAAAAGUAUAACUGCAAGACACCAUUCCUCUGGCUUUUCCUCCUCACCCUGCAGCAUGCUGAUCCCUUCUUUUUAAAAGCCUGCUAGCUAAUUGAUCAGAUACAGGUGAGGUGCAAUUAGACAAGUGAAACUACUAAGCAAAAUAAAAGUUCUGGUCCGACUGUUACUUAGCAGCUGGUGCUAUUGGAGCACUGGCCCACCCUGCUCUCCAAGUGCUCCGCCCCAGGGACCCAUACCGUGGUUUGCAGAGUACCAGUAAUGCAUCUUUCAAACCUAACAUCUUUCCCUGGGACAUUUAACGCUCAAACCUCAGGCUGCUGUUCAGUAAAUCAGGCUUAAUGUAUAUGCCAUCAACUACCAAACCACAUUUUCUCUCACAAUAUAUAUAUGUAUAUGUGUAUAUGUGUGUGUGUAUGUAUGUAUAUAUAUGUAUAUGUGUGUGUGUGUGUAUAUAUAUGUAUGUAUAUAUGAAAAGAGCGUAUCCGAAGCCAUAACUAGUAAGCGUCUGAAAGUAAACUGAUGCUUAUUGUGAACCAUACGAGGGUCAAGCUAAAAGAGGCAAGUCCCAUCCCAAAUAAUGAUGGGUGUAUAAAUUGCGUAGGAUAGACUGUGACCCAACAUAAGCAAUAAGACGUGGUGAUGCAUCCAGUAUGUAAACAAGCUUAUAUUGAAAUAACGUAACAGUAAAUACCUUAAGAUAAACAGUAUAGCAGUGGUGAAUAACUUGCAACCAAUGUUGGGAAGGCCACAAAGAUUCUUGCCUAUGAUGUCUAUAAGAAAGUAUUGCAAAUAUAUUCAACUGUACAUAUAAUUUAUAAUUCCACAACUACCAGGCAUCCACGUAUAAGUGGUCUUAAUAAGAAUAAACCAGAUGUCCCAACCUGACUAACAUGUGGGCAAAAAUAUAACUCAUCGAAACAGUUUGUAUAAAGGAAUACUGUGGAGACAAGCUAUAGUUUACCCAACCAGCGGAUAAUAUACAGUGUUUAAUAAAAAUGACCAUAGCAAAACAGUCAUGUAAGCAAAGCGAUGAAGAAACAAAUUUUAACCAGCCUGAAAACCCAUUUUAGUAAAUAAGUCCCUAAAUAGAUUGAAUUGAACAAUCAGAGAAUAGGAAACAUGAAUCCCGAAAUCAAGACAACAAGAAUAGUGAACUAUGCGAAAUUAAUACUAGAAUAACCUUAAACACGAAUUUACUCAACAGAAAAGUUCCGAUUCAGUAUAUAUAGCACAAAGUGCCAAAUAAACACACCAUUAUCUAACUUAAAGGACCACUCUAGGCACCCAGACCACUUCAGCUUAAUGAAGUGGUCUGGGUGCCAGGUCCUUCUAGGGUUAACCCAUUUUUUUAUAAACAUAGCAGUUUCAGAGAAACUGCUAUGUUUAUCAAUGGGUUAAGCCUUCCUCCAAAUCCUCUAGUGGCUGUCUCAUUGACAGCCGCUAGAGGCGCUUGCGUGAUUCUCACUGUGAAAAUCACAGUGAGAAGACGCAAGCGUCCAUAGGAAAGCAUUAUGAAUGCUUUCCUAUGCGACCGGCUGAAUGCGCGCGCAUUCAGCCGACGGGGCGGAUCGGAGGAGGAGAGGAGGCAGAGAGCUCCCCACCCAGCACUGGAAAAAGGUACGUUUUUACCCCUUUCCCCCUUCCAGAGCUGGGCGGGAGGGGGACCCUGAGGGUGGGGGCACCCUCAGGGCACUAUAGUGCCAGGAAAACGAGUAAGUUUUCCUGGCACUAUAGUGGUCGUUUAACUUGGAAGUUCCUCCCAAACUGAGCAAUGCUCGCGCGUUCGGGGGGAACUUUAACAAAGUAAAAUACCGAAUGGCAAACUACACAUGAACAGUAUAAAGUUCUUGACCAGAGCUCAAAAACUCAUUUUUGCGUGUUAUUUUUCACACACAUUGUACUUUAGGCAUGGAUUCUCAGCUCCUGUUAUGUAUUAAUGCCAAAGAACACCCCAAUAUGUGUUCUGCAACAUCUAACUACAGUGAUAUCACCCAUGUACAGGUGUGUCGGGUUCUCUGGGGGCUAAAAGACCUUAUUUAGAGGGUGCGCAUUCCAGUUUUCCAACUUGGAAUUUUCAGAGCUGGUCAUCAUGCACCCAUGUCCUAUUUGGAACAUUUUUGAAGCUGGCCAAUGUAAUUUACCCUCAUCAAACCAUAUAUUCUUGAAAAGUAGACACCUUUAGGGUUUUUAAAAUGGUGGUAUUUUAACACUUUCCAUGCACUAAUUCUACCACCAGUCUUUGUCAAACUUUUGGGUAUUAAUUUUUGUUGUGUUAUUUAAUCCAUGUACUUUAGGCAUGGAUUCUCAGUUCCUGUUAUGUGUUGCUGACGAAGAAUACCCCAAUAUGUGUUUAGCAACAUCUCCCGAGUACAACAGUGCCCUCAAUGUACAGGUUUUAUGGGUUUUUGCAAACUUACAGGGGUCAAAUGUAGGGCUUUCCCCUUUUCCAUGUUUGCACAUUGAAAUUUGGCAGAUUGGUUUGCUGGGCCUAUGUUGCCUUUGAGACUGUAUAGCAGCCCAGGAAUGAAAAUUAACCCCAUCAUGGCAUACCAUUUGUAAAAGUAGACAACCCAGGGUAUUCAAAAUGGGGUAUGUGCAGUUUUUUAUAGUAGCCACUUAGUCAUAAACGCUGGCCAAAGUUAGCGUUUUUAAUCCUUUUUUUGUUGUUGUUGCAAUAAUAUGUGUGUAUAUGUGUGUGUGUGUGUGUGUGUGUGUGUGUGUGUAUAUAUAUAUAUAUAUAUAUAUAUAUAUAUAUCUAUAUACACACACUUUAUUUCCUAUAUAUGUAUAAUAUAUUAUAAUUAAAGCAUUUUAUAAUAUAUUACACAUAUAUAAUGCAUAUAUAUAUAUAUUUUGAGAGAUGUGUAUAUAUCUCAAAGUACACUUAUAUUGAAACAUUAUAUAUGUAUAAUAUAUUAUAUUAUAAAAUGCUUUAAUUAUUUUAUAAUAUAGUAUACAUAUAUAUGUAAAACAUAUUUAUUUAUUUUGUUACUUGUUAGCAGCCUGGGGGACUGCCUGACAGCUCAGACAGUCCCCCUGCUGGCAGCUCCUAGGGUCCUAUUGCGGCGAUGUGAUCAUGGUGAUCACAUGGCCCUGGAGGGCUGGUUUGGCCGGAGCUGCUGCAGGGGGACUGCUGGGGUCUCCGGCAGUCACUCCCAACAGUGAUUGCUGCGGAUCGCCGGUCCAGGUAAGUCCAGGGCUCCUAUUUGCUGCGGACAUACUAGGUACGUCUGCGGUCCUUAACAACCGUUUUUGGUGUACUUAUUCAGUACAUCCACGGUCGGUAAGGACAUAUGCAUAGAAUGAAAUUAUUUAUAUAUAUAUAUAAUAUAUAGUGUGUGUAUGUUGAUAUAAAUAUAUAUAUAUAUAUAUUUUUAAAAUACAGUUACAAUAAAAUUGUGUGUGUGUGUGUAUAUAUAUAUAUAUAAUAUUUUUUAAAAUUUUUAAUUAUUUUUACAGUUUAUUUUUAAUUAAUUUAAUUUUUUAUAAUAUAUAUUUAUAUAUAUAUAAUAUAUAUAUGUAAUUUUACUCUAAGUGUAUUUUUAUAUUAAUAUAUGUAUAUAUUAAUAAAAAAUACACUUAGUAUGACUUUAUAUAUAAGAUAAAUGUAUUUUUAAUUUAUUUUAUUUUUAUUUUUUUUACUUAACUUUAUUUUUACUUUUUCACCAGCAGGGGGAUUGCUUGUGAGUUCAGAGAGUCCCCCUGCUGGCAGCACUGUGGACACCUAUUGUGACCAUGUCACUGCUCUUUUAGAGUGGUCACAUGGCCCCUGGGGGUCUUACAGUGCAGAGGGGGGACUGUCUGGGCUCCGCCCAGGCAGUCCUUCUCAGAAGAAGACCUAUCGGGGGAACGGCGGCGAUUGGUAAGUUCAUGUGGAGGGAGAGGGAAGGAGGGUAGAGAGUUAAUUUAUUUAAUUUUUAUUUUACUACUACUGAGUGCUUCGACCCCUUCGAGGCACUCAGUACAGACAGAGCAUCGGAAGCCUGCCUGAAGGCUUCCGAAGCACUGCUCUUCAAUGCUGUGCACCAUGUGCGGCAACCCAGAAAUGAUCGCUUCGGGGGAGCGAUCACUCGGGUGCCCAGCAAUGUGGAGGGGUAUUACACGAUUCCUCGAUUUUUAUUUAUUAUUUAUAUAGCGCCAUCAGAUUCCAUACUGUUGUACAAUGUAAUACCCUUAGAGAGGCUGGGCAGCGCUCAUUUUUUCUGUGGACAUGGACAGGGUAUGUUAGCGGUUGUUAACAACCGUUUUUUGGCUGACGUACCCUGUACGUCCGUGGUCACUAAGGGGUUAAUAUUUAUUUGAAAACACGUUUUAUGGAGGCUCUGUGAGUCACAGCCAGGGGAGGUGUGGCUAGGGUGGCAUAAAAAGAAACAAAAUUUAUAUUAAAUGAAAUUACUAAAUGGCAGAGAAUUGAGCAGUGAGCUUGGAUUGUCAUAAUCUAUACACACAAACUGACUAAUUAAGCUUAAAUAGUUUUUAUGACCAUAGUGUCCCUUUAAGAAUGGUUUCACUGGAAGUAAACGUUAAUUAGUAUUUGAAAGAGAUAUGCUCAUACUUUGGAUUUAUUUAUUAUUAUGGAUUGUUUUCUUUAAAAAUAAAUACAUUAUCAGUCAUUGAUUGUGAUAUUGCACAUUUAGUCUUUCUAAAAUGUAAUUGUAAAAAUAUGUAUAUGUUUAUAGUAUUAUUAUUUAUUUAUUUUUUCUUUUUUUUUUUUUUACAGAGUUUUUCACAAAAUGACUAGGUGUCUGGUUAAUGGCUGCAAAAACAGUCACGUAAAAAAUGUUCAGGGAAGCUCUUUGCAUGGCUUUCCAAAUACGCCUGACAAAAUUAAAGCAUGGCUCUUGGCUACUGGUGACCAUUUUGAGAAUAUUGAAAGUGUCAUUCAGCAUAUCAUGCAGCAGAAAAAAGCAACCUAUUUACGAAUAUGCUCAGACCAUUUUGUACCGGAGAUGUUUUAUGAAACAGGAAAAAGAAAAUUCUUGAAAAAUGAUGCUGUACCUACCAUUUUUCCAAAGCAACAUGUUUUAUCUGUUGUUCAUGAUUUGCCAUCAACUGGACAAAAAAGCAUUUCACCUAUUGACGUGGGUGAACCUACCUAUUCAUCAGAUGUUGCAUCCACCCAGAGUGCUGCCACAGCCAAUAGUGCUUUUAUUAUAUAUGAUCAUAACUAUGUCUCAGGCCAAUCUUAUAUAUUACCGCCUGCAAAAAGAUUAUGUAGCAUCGGGACAAACACUUACCCUGUUCUAACUUCUAAUAAAUGCAUUUCUACAACACAGUACUAUGGACGGAAGAAUACUUUGAGUCAAACAGAAAGUUUUUAUUUAAAAAGACAUACUGGAACCUCAACCAUUGAUUUAUGUAGCAAACGUGAUGUCUGGACAUGGACUGGUGUCUAUGAAGAACCUGUGGAAGCAGUUCAUAGUAAACGCAAACGGGUAUUAAAACAAAAACAAUCUGGAGACCAACAGUUGAAUAACCCUGAAAAAAACAUUAUAGAGGAAAUGGACACACAUCCUCCUUCAACAAUAUUACAAGCACCAGAAGUAGAAGAAGAUAUGGCUUGUACUCCGAAUUCACAAAUAUCAUCUAUCCAUAGAGAAUCUGAAAUGGAGUCUACUAUGAGUGCAGCUGAAUUCUGUGAUCCAGACUUCAGUUCAGAAGAUGAGUCUACAGAUAUUGGUGAAUUUUCAUACUUAGCGGAGCCCACACCAGAAGAUUAUGUGUCAGAGAAAAAGUUUAUUGUUUUUGAGUCCUGUCUGAAUAAACUUUUACAGGCAGUUCAAAGUUGCACUUUUGCUGUUCCUUGUACUUCUCCGAUUACUCACAGAGAGAAUGUGAUUACAGGUACUUUGGUUACUGUGUACACAGUUUGUGAAAGUAAUCAUCGUUGCGUGUACUGGAAAAGCCAGCCAAUGAUUGACAAGCAGCCAGUUGGGAAUAUAUUGGCAAGUGCCUCAAUACUAUUUAGUGGAUCAAAUUUUUCAAAAGCCAGCGAACUUUUUGAAAUAUUUGGUGUGCCUUUUAUCUCACAAUCCCUACAUUAUAUGUUCCAAAAUAAACUUUUGUUUCCCACUGUAGAUAGGCACUACAAAAAGGAGAGAAGGUUUAUUAUUAAAAGUCUGAAGGGGCAAGUGUUAUGCCUGAGAGGAGAUCUGCAAUAUGACAGCCCUGGAUUUAAAGCUAAGUCCUGCACUUAUGCACUUCGUGAAGAAACCACACAAAAAAUUAUUGAGAGCAAUACCAUCCAAGUAAGUGAAACAAGCUCCUCAGUGGCGAUGGCAUCGACCGCAUUCACUAUGUGCAUGGAUCAUACUUUAGCUGAAAAAUUGCUUAUUGCCAUCCUUGUCACCGAUAAACAAUUUAGCAUUCAAAAGAUAUUGCAAGAGAAAUACAAGAAAAUCAACCAUCAGUUUGAUGUAUUGCAUUAUUGUAAGAAGCUUCGCAGAAAACUAUCACGUAUAUCAAAACAAAGAAUAUACAGAGAUCUUGCUCCUUGGAAAAAAUCAAUAAUUAAUCACAUGUGGACAGCAUGUUCAACCUGCAGAGGAAAUCCAGAAUUGCUGCGAGAGAAGUGGAAUACAGUUUUGCAUCAUGUUAUUAAUGAGCAUGAAUGUCUCUCUGGAAGUCAAUAUCAUCAAUGUGACCAUGGACAACUUACUGACUCUGAUGUAAGUAAAAGAAAAUGGCUAAAUAAAAAUGGAAUGGCUUACUCAAAACUGGAGAGCUUUGUCACUGAUCCUAUACUUCAGAAAGAUUUGACACACAUGGCAGACUUCUGCCAUACGGGAAAUCUAGAGGUUUUCCACAGCUAUGUUCAAAAAUAUCGCCCCAAACAAGUACAUUUCUCAAUGGAUGGAUUGGUAGCUAGGACACAGUUGGCAGUACUGUCCUACAACGCCAAUGUAGAUCAGAGGCAAGCUACUGUCCAGAGAGCUCAAAAAGGCACCAGGCAAGUGAGUGAUUUACGUUACAGACCUUACUACUCCAAAAGAACGAAAACAAAACAAAAUUACGAUCUAUCAAUUGCUCACAUUUACCCAAUGGUUUCAGAUGUUAUAAGACUUGCUUCAGGAGACCUUGAAGCAAACUGGAAGUCUAGGAGACGUCUACUCCAACGAAAUAUAGCAUCAAAGCUGUGCUUGUCAACCAGGGAAUCCGCCGAAAACCAUGUAUGAUGAUUUCGGUCAGAAAGGUUGUAGAUUGUAAUCUGCGAUUUGGACAGUUGUCUGAGUAUCAGUGUUAUUCACUGAAUAAAUGAGAAACCUUGCCAAGUGAAUUCCAAAUUCUACUAAAUAGGCUAACAAUUUUGCUUGAGCUAGUGUCAGAUUGAAAUUUUUAGGCAUUUAGUUAUUCACACUUGAUUUGCAUUAAUUCAGAUUCCAAUAAAGAAUCCUGCAAAUCAAAAAUCUGAUUUUGGUAGAUUGCUGAAGUUAAUGACCAAACAAAUGCAGUUGAAAGAUAAUUAGCCAUAACUGAAAUAGAUGUUUUUUGUUUUUUUUAAAACUGUCCUAAGCCAAACCUGUCUUUGUUCUCCCCAAAAUCAUAUUGUUCCAUAUAUGCCUGUGAUUAAUAUUGUUUACUGUGAUUGUUUAUAUAAUUUUCUUUUUCAAUAUCGUCCAUUGUUUUUCAGAAAAUCAGUUAUUGAAUAUGUACUGAACACUUAUUAUUACUAAUAAAAAUCUGAUUUUAAAUUGGAAGCCAAAAUUGUAGAAUUUAAAAGUAAUUCUUUAACUCAGUUUUAGUCCUGCUAACCUGUGACAAGUUCCCUCAGUUUGUUUGUUUUUUCUCUCAUGGGAUGGAGCAUUUCUUAUAGACUAGGCAGCAAUAGCAAGGUAAUAAGUGGAUGCUCACAGUUUAGUAUACAUGCCCUCAUACGGCAUUUUGUGUGAGACCAUAAGGGAAGUAUUUUACCUUUGUUAUUCUUUUAGAAGGGUUACAAUUACUUUUUUUUAUUUUUAUUUUUCCCCCCCUUUGUUUUUAUAAAACAAUUUGUCACUGGCUACUAGAUGAUUGGGAUUUUUAAACUCCGAAUUACAAAACAAACUAAAUAGCUUGUCUAUUGGUGCUCGAAAUCUCACACUUUUUAGUCAAAAAGGGGAUCCCCUUAAGAAAGCCUUUUAUUUGGCUGAAACAUUUGGGGUUGUUGUUCUUUUAGGUAUUAUUUGAUAUUUUCUUACCAGUAUCGCUGUGUUUAGUGUUUGGUUGUAUUGUCCCAUUUUGUAUUAAGGUUUUUGUUUUUUUCUGUAUUGUAUUUGAAUGUAUGCUGUUUUGACCUAAGAUUGUCUGCAGCAGGCUCCCUUUUUGGGAGCACAUUCUAUACUGACACAUUCUUUUUUUUUCUUCUUAUAAUUAUAUAAAUAAAGGUAUUUUUUGGACAUAUUUACAGUGUGUUUGUUUAUGCUUUAAACGAUUGGUUUAAGUUUACUCAUUAACACACAUAAAAAUUAUAUAUAUGUGUGAUUCCUGAUGAAAGUCCCAGACGUGGACUGAAACGUUGAAGCAG